UAAUAAUUUACCAAGUAAAUUAAUUUACUAUUGUAUCGCCGGUAACAUAUAAAUAUUCGAAAAGGUUGCAAUUAAAAAUAUUGUAACAGAAAGUUGAAAUGGCUACAAAAUUAAACAAAUACUGUGACAAUCAGAUAGUUGCACUUCUUAAUUCACAAUCAGAUUCCAAUUCCAAUGAAGAAGUUAAUAUGGCUCCAAAUAAAUUGAAAAGAAGCAAAAGAUUGAAAUUACGGAAUACAGAACACAAUACCUCGGACGUGUCUUCGGAUAUAGAAAACAUAGAAGAAGAUAGCAAUUUACAGAAAGAAAGAGUUCAGCUUAGAAUUAAAUUAAGACGAUCGACAGAACAAAGUUUAUAUAAAAUUGAUAAAAGUUUUAAUAAAUACAAGGGAACCAGUCUUAAAUCGAAUAAUAAAUGUCCGAAACAGAAAACCAUGAAUUAUUCCGAAGAAGAAAACAGAAAGGAUAGUUCUGGUAAUGAAGAUAGUUCUGGUGAAAGUAAAGUUAAAGAUAAGAAUAAAUUGGUACAAAUUCAAAAUGAAAACGAAGUAUUGACCAGAACUAGGAAUAGAAAACCACCGUUAAGACUCGCUUCGUACCAUUGUGGUCCGUUAAACAGAGUUAGAGAUACAGAUUCCCCAGGAAGUCCUUCGUCGCGAAGGAACAGGAAAAGCGUUAAUUACAAUGAAGAUAAAUUAUUUAUAAAUGCUAUAAUGUCUAAUCUAAAAGUAGAUGACAAACAAAACACACAGAUGAAAACAGAAAACAAAGAUGUUUCUACGGACAAAAGUAAUUUAGAAUCCAGAACAGUGAGGACGAAUGUAAGAAGUACGAAACAAAAUUGUAUUCCUUCCGUUAAAGAUGACAAGAAUGAUUGCAAUACAGAUUCUGAGAUAACUAAAACAAAAUCAAUAAAAAAAUCCAAUCAACCAGAAAGUAAAAUUGAUGAUAAGUUGAAAAAGGAGACAGCAAAAGAAUCUGAUUUAUUGGAUACACCUAUCAGGAAGAAUAAACAUAAAAGAGUAAUUAAUAUGAAAGGAAAUGAAGUUGUUGGUAAUAGCACGGAUGAUGGUAAAAUAAAAAUUUUGGAAGAUACGAUUAAACAUACUGAAAUUCCAUCUACGGCUAUAAAUCUCACACCUGUCAGAACAGAUAAGAAAAGGAAGAUGAAGCCCGAAGAUACACUGCAAAGUGUACAUUUUGUUAACAAUACCGAAAGUAAUAGCAAAGAAGAAGAUUUGAUAGAUAUGUAUAAACGUACUAAAAUUUCAUUGUCAAAGAAAAAUAUUUUAACACCGCAGAGAAGAAAUAAUGCACAAAAAGAUAUACAAAAACAGCUAGAAGAAGUUCAUUUGAGUACUCCGAAAUCUCGUCCCAUAAAAUGUAGCACUUUAACACCGUCGAUGAGAGAAAGACACGGCACUUUAAUGAAACCGGCUACACCUUUGCAAGAAGCUAGAUCAAGAUUACACGUUAGUGCUGUACCAAAGUCUUUGCCUUGCAGAGAGGAGGAAUUCAAUAAUAUUUUUACAUUUCUCAAAGGAAAACUGGAAGACAAAAGCGGAGGAUGUAUGUACAUAAGUGGAGUGCCUGGGACAGGUAAAACUGCAACUGUAAACGAAGCUGUAAGAUGCUUGCAAAAGUUGACAAGUAAAGGACAAUUAGAUGAUUUUAAUUAUGUCGCGAUCAAUGGUAUGAAAUUGACAGAGCCGAGACAGGCUUAUGUACAAAUUUUGAAACAGCUAGAAGGUAGAUCUGCUAGUUGGGAGCAAGCGUAUCAAAUACUUGAAAAAACAUUUCACAGGGCCCACUCUAAGAUGACGUUACUCCUAGUAGACGAACUCGACUUUGUAUGUACAAAACGCCAAGAUGUUGUGUACAAUUUAUUAGAUUGGCCGUCAAAGGCAACAGCACAUUUAAUCGUUCUUACUAUAGCCAAUACUAUGGAUCUACCCGAGAGGGUUUUAAUGGGCCGCGUUACAUCACGUUUGGGCCUCACCAGAUUAACUUUCCAGCCGUACAAUUACAAACAGUUACAAGAAAUAGUAAUGUAUAGACUUAGGGACUUUACUGGUUUCAGAAGCGAAGCUAUACAACUUGUUGCACGAAAAGUUUCUGCUGUAUCCGGUGAUGCUAGACGAGCUUUGGACAUAUGCCGUCGUGCUAUGGAAAUUGCAGAAUCCCGAAACGAGCAAACAAUAUCUCUACAAGACGUAAGCGAAGCUGUAUCUGAAAUGAUCGCAUCCGCAAAAGUUCAAGCUAUAAAACAUUGCUCGAAAAUGGAACAAAUACUUUUACAAGCUGUAUCUGCGGAGGUUACACGAACCUCUAUUGAAGAAGUAUACUUUUAUGACGCGUAUAGACAGCUCCAAGCGCUUUGUUCUUUUAACGGUUUACAGGUACCUGCUGUAACGGAAGUACUUGCUAUUUGUGUAAGAUUGGGCGCUAGUAGGUUGCUGAUAUGCGAACAUUCGAGAAAGGACAUAUACCAAAAGAUUUUACUGAACGUUUCCACGGACGAUAUUCAUUAUGCGAUUCAAGAGAUCGAUUUUAUUUCGAAAUGAUGAAUGUAAUUCUAAUGCA